CCUGCUUCCGUGCAUCAAACAUCCAUCAACCAACGGGAAGAGCAACUUGACGACGCGUCUCAUUCCGCUUGAUCCGAUCGAGGAUCAUGGCCUCGACGUUUCUGUUGAGGCAUCCUGGCUUCUCAACUCCAAUCUUUUCAUAUCUCUGAGAUUCAUCCGCUGACAUGGACGGCGAAUCUGACAAACGCCAGACACCCUUGUCUCCCACUCCGGAUUAUCCCAUGUCAAUAAGAGUCCAAGAGAAUCGAGCUCUUGGAGCCGGCCAAGGUAUUCGACACAGCCCUGAUUCAGACGACCUCCAACAGCGGCCUACAUAUGCACACAAUUCUCACGUCUUCCAUCAUACACAUACUCACGGCUUGACGAGACUUGCUCAAAAGCAUCGCAAGGCCACGCUCGGCCCACUUCAGCAAUGGGAGGAAUGGGAGCAAGACGGCAGGGGACCCUAUCAUGAAUACGUCCACAAAUGCCUUGAAGCUGGAUGGACCAAUCUCCAGGACCUUGACGACUACUUGUCGGUCGAUUUCGAAGACUUGAACCUGAAGAUCUCUGUCAUGGACAUCAAGAACGACAACACAGCUCAGCACUACGAAGAAAUGCAUGACGACAUAGAACUGGCAGAAUUCAUGCGUGAAGUGAAGCCAUUUGGAUGCAAGUCUCGUAUAUAUGUCGUCGAGCAAUCUGGCUACAUAUCAAGCAGUAUCAUGGAGUCUUUCGGUAGCGCUCUACAGCUCGAUCCUCGCUUCUUCCAGUGGCAUAUCAGAGGCAGCAAGCACAUGUUGUCUAUUGCCACACGAAAUCGGACGCCCUUCAUCACACUGAAUUUCAGAAUCAGUGAUCCCUCGGGGGAGACGCCGACUGAUACAAAGACAUUCAAAGCUUCCAUCUACGUAUCACGUGCAUCGCCCGAUUUCUGGACAGGCGUCGUGUUCAUCAGCUCACAUUCGAAGGUGAUGUUGUCCAGCCACAGCUUCCUGACACCACCCACGUUCACACCGGACUUCAGCAACAUUCCCACUCCACAGAAGCCGGGCCCCAAAACCUUUCGCGAACUCUACAUCGAGAUGCUCGCGAGCUCCAAUCUUGCUGAAGCUGCCUUGUCACCUUUUGUCGCCUUCUCUCCGCUGUUCAAGCUCAACUGCUACACCUUCAACCAGCUGAUGUACACCUUCCGCCAGGAGGAUGCGAAAGUCGAGGGCGUUUCCGAACUCUAUCCCGUCAACCUCACCGAGGAGAUUCGCAGGUCCUUGGAAAGCGUCGAGCGCGGCGGCAGUCUAGGCUGGAAGGCGAGCUCGACCCCCUUUGAACAGGACACCAAAGAACGCCUCCGCGAGGACUUCAAUUACGCAUUGAAGUCGUCCGAGAUGCUCUGGCAAGCCCGCGAGAAGUACAACGACACGCACCACCGCCGCACAAACGCCCGCAUUUCCGCGCUGGCCAACGCAUUUGCCUUCUUCUUCGCCCCCAUCUCGCUUAUCUCCUCCAUCUACGGCAUGAAUAUCACUGAGAUCUCGGGCGACGAUAGCAAUCCCCGGCUCUGGCAGUUUUUCGUCGCUGUCGCGGGCCUUUGUGUCGUUAUUAUGCUCAUCAUUGCCGUUAGUGCCUGGGUCCAGAUGGCGGUCCAGUUGCAUCGCAGGGCGCGGUUCAAGGAUAUCUUGACGUUUGCUCUGGGUACCAGUAUGGCGGCGACCGUACGGCCGAGGAAGGCGUCGACGGUCGUGUUGGAGUCUUGAGAUGGACGUGCUGGUCUGGCUCGCUGGUCUGCUGGCUCGCUGGUCUGCUGGCUCGCUGGUCUGCUGGCUCGCUGGUCCGCUGGCAAGGUACGUAUGGUAUAGCAUAAUAUACUAUAGAAAGAAGAGGGAAGUAAACUGGAAAGCUCGUUCAUGGGAUGUUUGUUAGGGUUGGGUAUAUAUCCUCAAGCAUGGGCUUCCUUUUUUUGUGGUUUACGGUGGAUACAUUUAACGUCUUAUGAAAAUUUAAGAGAGCACACACCUAGGCAUACUACUACUUACUACUAGUAUAUACCGGCAUCAGAGUUUUGGAGGUGGUGCUUAAUGGAGAUAGAAGAUAGAAGAUAGAAGAUAUUGAAGAAGUAUAUGUAUGUGUAUUAUAUGUAUGCAUUGUCGUCUAGGAUACGUGGUUGGAUGUGGGCUAUGGGAUAUGGAGUUAUGAUGUAUCCAGGAUUGUCGCU